CACAACCCAAUCUGAGCUCUUCUCCAACUCCUAAGCUACCCAUAAUGUACAGCGACUCAAAUUCACUUUGGAAGUGAAUUUGGAAACUUUCCCUGUAUAACACUGUCACCCUUUGUCUCUAUAUACUUUCCAGAUCCUAAUGUCUGGUUUGAAGAAAUCUUCAAUUCCGCGCCAGUCUUCAUACAACUCCCUCUAUAACAAUCCCCUGACUGAGCUCAAACACAACCGUACUUGCAGCGAAGGUGGCGGCACCAACGUCGUCCCUCUGGGCGUCCACAUUGGUCGGAAUCGUGUCACUGGCUUCGACAACAAAGAGAAUGCCGUUCCCAGUAAAACCGAAAAAUCAAGCAAUGUUGACAAAGAAAAUGCAGUACCCAGUAAUGGGUUUGGUGUUGUGACCAAAGAAUUUCCAAAUGGGAAGUCCAAUUUAAAAGAUAGGGUGUUGAAGCCCUCUUCACUUCAGCUAUGUAUGCAAAUGAACGAGCCUGAUUCGAAUUUGAAGCCCAAAAUUUGGGAACACAUUGACUCGGAUAACACAAAUUCUGGGAACAUUUGGGAUUAUUCAGAUUCAGAGGCAGCACCAGCUUCAUCGUGGACUACGCUACCUAAUAGGUCAUUGUUGUAUAGGCCUUUGCCUGUGGACAUAGGCAGAUGUACCUGUGUUAUAGUGAAGGAAGCAUCUCCGGAAGGUCUAGAUGGGGGCACCCUGUUCGCACUUUAUACCAAUGGGAGCCAUCUGAAUUCUGUGACCAAACACACCAAACAACCUCUGGCUGUUGUAAACUUCAUGCCUACAAUAGCCACCUUGAUGGGAAGUUACAGAAGCAUUAAGGCAUGGAUACCCAAGCACCAAUCCAUGCAGCUAAAGAAUACGACUCAGAUGCAACAUAUUAAUGGAUUACCCAAGGAUUGGGAAGAGAAAAUGGAUAAAGUACAUCAGCUAUUUUCGAGGGUUCCUCAUUACAAUAAUGUUACAAAACAAUAUGAGUUAGAUUUCAGAGACAGGGGAAGAGCAGGACUUAGAAUUCAGAGCUCAGUAAAGAAUUUUCAGUUGACUUUGGAGAAUGGGAGGCAGACAAUCCUGCAACUUGGAAGGGUGGGGAAAUCAAAGUAUGUGAUAGAUUACAGAUAUCCAUUGACUGGCUAUCAAGCAUUCUGCAUAUGUUUGGCUGCUAUUGAUUCAAAACUUUGCUGCACUAUGUAAUAGCAAUCUACAAAUGUAUUUUCAGUUCUACCUUGGAACACAAAGGUACUGACUUCUCUUGUUCCCCUUUUGGGUCUUGUGCUGCAAUGUGGAGCUGAAUACAUCAACCCUCCGUAGGGUAGAUUCUCACUUAAACUAGAAGGAAAGAGUCACAUUUUUGCAGAAAGGAGCUAGCCAACUGAAUGACAGGAAAAAGAGUAAAAUUGGUGAUGUGUUUUGUACAUUAAAAUUCCAAAAGGACAUGGAGAGAACUCUAUGGAUCUUUUCUUUGAAAUUUUCCACUCAUUUGAUUGACCUUUGCUCUCUAAGAUUUUCACUCACUUAAAAAUCGUUCCUAAAGUUAUCAUCGUUCUGUACUUCAAUGCUCAAUUAUAUUUAACCCCGAAUAAUAUCCUACAGGUAGAUAGAGG